GGCGGUCUCUUUCCCGUCCUCCUCCAAACAGGUUCUCUAUUUCGUUGUACCUUGUUUAUACGACCUAGAUUUGAUUUGGAUCACGAAAACGAUUGAUUAUGAAAUCUUCAGAAAGGUCUAUCUUAAUUUUUUCCCACAUAUAAUUUUCAAUAGGUUGACUUUGGGCAUGAACCGAUCGAAGCUUCAAGGAAAUUACAAUGAAUAGAUGCUGAGAGUGAUCGGAAAACCAUAGACUUGACUUUUUUUCUUCAUUAUGUGCAUUUAUUUAUGAAAGUAAUGAAUGAGUCAUUAGAUUUAUUGUUUUUUGUUUGUUGCCCAUUUCCCUACAACUGCCCUAUCUAAGUUCUAUCCAUGCUGACAAGUAUUAUUCCUCCUACUAGAAGUGUAGGGCAAGAAACUACUAAUUGAAUUUGAAUGGAACCUGGAAAUCCCAAUUUCUUAGUCAGAUAUUGAGAUUAGGUUGAAUAGUUUUUUGCAUUGACUUUGUAGAGGUUUUUUCCAUUUAAAAACAUCUGGCAUUUGCUUACUAUUAUGGGAUGAACAGACAGAUUCAUACAAAUCAUCUAACCAUAGAUUACACAAUCAUGUCAUUUUCAUUAAGUAAUAUAUAAUCAUAAGAUACUCUCUACUUUGUGAAUAUUAUAAUCAAUUGAAGGCUAGAGACUUGCUUAAAAAGCCAAGGUCCAUUUCUGGUGAAAGUCAAGCUCCACAAAGAAAUGAGAUCCUCAAACAACUUUAGUGUUGUCCUGUUGGUUCUUUAUUUGUGUUUUUCAGGAUCUGAAUCUCAAAGAGAUGUUAAUAAUAGCACUAUUUCAUUUAACGUGGGCGUGGUUCUUGAUACGACCACAUUUGUAGGUAAUAUUGGACUAACCUAUUUAGAAAUGGCUCACUCUGACUUCUAUUCAGCUCAUAGUAGUUACAGAACCAGGUUGGUUUUGCAUGUGAGGGAUUCAAAUGAUCAAAUUAUUGAUGCUGCUGCUGCUGCGGUGGAUUUGUUAAAGAAUGUCAAGGCAGAUGCAAUAAUUGGUCCUCAGAAAUCUUCACAAGCGAACAUUGUCAUGGAUCUAGGAGACAGAGCACACGUUCCCAUCAUUUCCUUCUCUGCAACAAGCCCUUCUCUUCUUCGCCGUACUCCAUAUUUCAUUCAAACAGCUCAAAGUGAUGAUACCCAAGUCGGGGCUAUUGCUGCCAUUGUUAAAUACUUCCAGUGGAGGGGAGUAGUCAUAAUACACGAAGACACAGAGUAUGGAACCGGAGUUGUUCCACACUUGUCAAACGCAUUACAAGAUUUUGACGUACGAAUAAUGUAUAGAAGUAUAAUCCCUCUUUCAGCUACAGAUGAUUUUAUACUCAAAGAAUUGUACAAGAUGAUGACUCAACAGACAAGGGUAUUUGUGGUACACAUGUCGUCAAAUAUUGGCGCUCGUCUCUUUCUAAAAGCUAAGGAGAUAGGGAUGAUGAAUGAGGGAUAUGCAUGGAUCAUUACUAAUGAUAUGACAGAUUUGCUUUACAGUUUGGAUUCUCAUGUUAUCGAAGCCAUGCAAGGAGUCUUGGGCGUGAAGCCUCUUAUUCCCAUGUCAGAGUUAAACACGAGCAUGUUUGGGCUAUGGGCCUACGACACUCUAUGGGCACUUGCCAUGUCAGCAGAACGAAUCGGAGAACCUAAACAACCUGCAGAGAUUUCUAAUUCUGGUAACCAAACGGGACCAGAGCUUCUGACUCUUCCAGUUUCUCAAACGGGGCCAGAGCUCCUGAAAUCAAUAUUGGAGGCGAGUUUUCAAGGAGUUGGCGGGAAUUUCAAACUCGAUAAGGGGCAGUUGCAGCCAUCAGCAUAUAAGAUAUUGAAUGUACUAGGAAACAAGGAGAAGGAGGUGGGCAUGUGGGCACCGGGUACAAAAGAUGUGAAUGAUGUCAGUUUGCACGAUAUCGUUUGGCCUGGAAUGUCUACUGUCAUCCCCAAAGGAUGGGAAUUUCCAGUGAGUGGUAAAAGGCUGAAAAUUGCUGUUCCUUUUAAAGAUGGUUUUACAGAAUUUGUGAAUGUGGUAGUGGACCCGAUAACAAACCGGAAAAUAGUAAGUGGCUACUCUAUUGAUAUUUUCGAUUCUGUAAUGAGCGCUUUACCUUAUGCUGUUCCAUAUGAUUAUUAUCCUUACGAAAGCAUGACUGGGGUAAAAGCCGGGUCUAGUUACUACAACGAUUUGGUAAAUCAAGUGUAUCUCCAGAACUUUGACGCUGCCGUUGGGGACAUCACAAUCACAGCAAACCGAUCAAAAUAUGUGGAUUUCACAUUUCCUUACGCAGAAGGUGGUAUUUCAAUGAUAGUUCCGAUUACAUAUGAGGACAUGAAUAAUAAAUGGAUAUUCUUGAAGCCUUUAACGAAGGAAUUAUGGUUGACAAGUAUAGCUUUCGCCAUUGGAACUGGAUUUGUUGUUUGGUUACUUGAACAUAGAAUCAACGCUGCUUUCAGAGGCCCCCCUUCACAUCAUGUUGGCAUGAUCCUUUACUUCCCAUGUACAAGCCUAGUAUUUGCAAAUAGAGAAAGAAUAGUAAGUAACUUAGCUAGGCUGGUUGUGGCAAUUUGGUUGUUUGUUGUCCUUAUAUGGAGCUCAAGCUAUACUGCAAGUUUAUCAUCUCGGCUAACACUGCAAAACCUUAAACCGAUAGUGUCGGAUGUGGAAGAGCUUAAAAGAAAUGGGGAUUAUGUUGGAUAUGAGUAUGGGUCGUUCAUUGCUAACGUGCUUAAGGAUAUGAAAAUUUCGGAGUCUAAGCUCAAAGACUACAAAUCUCGGGGUGAAUGUCAUGAAGCUCUAUCGAUGGGAACCAACAAUGGAGGUAUAUCUGCCUUCUUUGACGUCGUCCCUUACAACAAGUAUUUUCUUUCCAAGUAUUGUGACAAGUUCACGACUAUUGGCCCUGUAUAUCACACCGACGGGUUUGGCUUUGUUUUUCCAAAGGGGAGUCCUCUUGUUGCCGAUGUCUCUCGAUCACUUAUCAACAUUAUAGAAGGAAAUCAACUUCUCGAUCUUCAAAAUAAAUGGUUCGGAAGUUCGACUUGUGUUGGUUCUAGCAAUGGUACACCCUCAUCGGGUAGCCUAACACUCAACAGUUUCAAAGGGCUUUUCAUCAUAACUGGAACUAUCACAGGACUAUGUCUUGUGGUUUAUCUAGGGAAUUACAUAUUUCAGAACAGGAGUUUUUUGGUCGAGAGAAUAUCCGACAGAGGCUCUACAUUAUGGUCGAAAUUCCGAGCUUUGGGUAAGCAUUUCGAUGGGAGGGACUUGAAAUCAUAUCCGUUCCGAACUGAUAGAGUUGCUCCAUCCUUGAUUGAGAUUACUAGUGACGAUCAGUUUUCACAUGUUAGUUUUAAUUCACCAAGAAACUCAAACUUAAAUGAAGUUAUCAUUUCUUUAUCACACGAUGAUGCCAUAGAUGCUAGAGAAGCAGUAGACCCCAACUCGCAAGAUAUGGUUGUGCUCGACCUGUCAACUUAACAACAUUUUGUUAUUUAGUUAGUUUUGUAUAGUUUUAUAUUGUUAUUCAGUUAGUUAGUUUUGUAUAAUUUUAUAGUUUUCACCAAAGUAGCUCA